GAACUCGCCUUUAAUGUACUACAACCAAACUGGUCCCGGGAUUCCGCAAGUUUCUGUCAUCCUAUGCACUCUAAUGGUGACAACUUCCAUGCCGUUUGUCAACAGCCACCGACUCUCAAUGCGAAUUCAACUUAAAUCGCCUUACAUUUCAAGCUGACCCCUCCGCCUAUUCCAUAUUAUCUGCUCUACCUGUAAUUUCUUCAAGUUCGCUAAAAGAUGAAAAACAAAGACAUUGUUAGCUUGCUUUACUGUAGCAUUUGUUAUGAUGCAAAAUGUUAACUUAAGGGCGAUAAGGAUCAAGGAUCUACAUGAAAAGAAGAGCUUUUGAGGAGAUCAAGAGAAGAGAGAGGGACAUCCAAAGGAAGAGAGAGAGAGAGAGGGACAUGUGGUGUAAUGGCCUUUGAGAGGAACGCCUUUAGCCUUUCAGGACCAUUACACCUAACUUCUGUUGACUGAGCAAGGGAAUAGUUUUAAGUUCACAUUGGUUUUGCUGAAUGGUCUCUUUCUAUACUUUCAAGAUGAUGAGGGAAAAAGAUGCUAUCUGUAUAUGCAGGGAGAGUACACAUUACCGAAGAUCUGUUGCUGCCAGUUUGGUUAAGGGUGUCUACAUUCUUGAGUGGGACCGCCAAGAGAAACUUCAAGGUCCCCACGCCCUUGCUCCUCCUUGGUGGGAGUUUUUCCAAUUUCAGUUGCUCCAUCAUCUUGUGGAUGAUGUUGAUUUUUCCAUCUUUGGUGCCAUAUACGAAUUCAAACCUCAGCCAUCUUACUAUAACUAUUCAGGGGAUGGUAGUCCACGAUAUGUGAUUGCUUUCCGAGGCACCUUAACUAAGCCAGGCUCCCUCUUGCGGGAUCUCGAGCUGGAUCUCCACUUGAUGAAAAAUGGACUUCACCUAACAUCUAGAUUCGAGACUGCUAUGAAAGCUGUCCAAAACAUGGUUGCUGCUGCAGGUGCUUCGAAUGUCUGGUUAGCUGGCCAUUCACUAGGGUCAGCAAUGGCAAUGCUUGCUGGAAAGACAAUGGCCAAGGCCGGUAUCUUUCUUGAAUCUUUUCUUUUCAAUCCGCCAUUCUUUUCUGCCCCCAUCGAGAGAAUUAAGGGUAAAAAAGUAAAGCAUGGGCUUCGAAUUGCAAGCAGCGUGAUCACAGCAGGACUCACUCUUGCUAUGACUACUAAACAUCAAAGGAAUAGGGCUGCUGAAGAUCCAUUUGCUACCUUGUGCGCAUGGACCCCUCGUCUAUUUGUUAACCCAGCAGAUCCAGUUUGUUCAGAAUAUAUCGGGUAUUUCGAACACAGGAACAAGAUGGAAGAAAUGGGAGCAGGAAUCAUUGAGAGGUUAGCAACCCAGAACUCGAUCGGGUGUCUGUUAAUGAAUGCAAUGGGGAUGGAGGCAGAGGCACUACACCUCAUUCCUUCUGCAAGUCUAACAAUCAAUUUAACUCCUUCCCGGGGUUUCAGACAAGCUCAUGGAAUUAAUCAGUGGUGGGGACCUGAUCUGCGGUUGGGGUCUGAGCUCUACAAGUAUAAAUAAAUGUUGCUAUAAUUAUCAGUAUUAUUUGCUGAAAGAAUUUCUAGCUGUGUUGGAGAUGAAUUGUUUUGGUCUUCCUCGUAAUUGAUUAUGGAAGCACUUUUGAUCAGUUUCUUGUGCUGCAACCGAGUGAUGGCAGCCAGCCAGACUGUCAAUUUGCAAUUUUCAACCAAAGCUGUUUUUGUUUUAUUAUUAUGGACAGUUAAGGGUUGAAUCAAAGACCAUGUAAUUCGAUUUGCACCAUUGUAUAUACUUAAUUAGAGCCAUAUUUAACAAGAAUAUAAUGCCUUGUAACA